AUGGCAACAACCAGAGCAUCACCACCACCACCAUCACCGACCCCAAGUGGCCAGCACAUCACUGAGAUUGUGGAGUCUGAUGAGAGACUCAACUCUCCGGUGUUAUCAUCAUCAUUGGCAUCUGAGAAAUCGAAUGAAACUUCAGCUGACUUUUCCUCCAUUUUGAAAAGUGCCGAAGAUUCUGAAAUGAGUCCUCAUAUGUUGAUCAUCCAGAAGUUACCCCCAACAGAGGAAAAUCUUGAACCUGAUAUGACAACAGGGAUGUUGGAGAGAAUACUUCCUGCAACUUCCAAAAAGUCACUGGGUGAUGCAAACCUUUCAGCCAAUCAAGCUUUGGAUGUUGAGAAGACAGGAAGUGAUACUGCUCUCAUAGCACCACCUGAAAAAGAACAAAGAACGCUUCAGGUGUCAACCUCUGUUCUGGAGUCAACUCCCAUUGUGUCAGCAGAAGAUGUUUCUAAACUGCUUUUGGGUGGUAGAGAAGUGUCUUCAGAGAAAACAGCAGUUGUAGUAAAAUGUUCAAGUCACGUUGACAUCGAGAGGAGACCCUCAGACCUGAGAACAAAGGAAACAUCUGUAACUAUUACAGAAACUGAAAACUCAACUGAAAUGUCAUUUGAUGGUACAACUGAAGCUAAAAUGGCAUCGUUACAUUCAAGUUCAGAAAGAAUUCAGUCCAAUUGGAUCUUGGAUGCUGAUGAAGUGGCAGCAAAUAUUCCUCAUGUGGUAAUUAUUCACAAGGCUCCUUCUGGGGCUGAACUCACUGAAACUGGUAGUUCAUGCUCAUUAGGUCAUGCAGGUCUUUCAGCCACCAAUGUUCAGAAAUCAGAAAGUGGCACUGCAGUUGUAUCCCCACCUGAAACAACAGAGGAAAGAGUUGCUUAUGUAAGGACACCCAGUCAAAAUGAAAUUAGUGGUGAAGUUUCAGUAGUUAUAGUCAGAUCCCCAAGAUCGUCUCCUCGUCAUUCAAGUGGAGACAUCUCUAAGCGAGCUUCCCCCGAGCAGCUUCAGGUGCCAACCUCUGGCCUGGCAUCAACUCCCACAGUUGAUGACAGUAUGACAACAGGGAUGUUGGAGAGAAUGCCACCUGCUUCCAAAAGUUCACUAGAUGAUGCAAACCUUUCAGCCAGUGAAGCAUUGGAUGUUGAAAAGACAGGAAGUGACACUGCUCUCGGAGAAAGAACUGUUUAUAUACGGAUACCUGGUCAAGAUGAAAUAUGUGCUGAAGUUUCAGCUGUGAGAAGAUUGUCCCCUCGCCAUUCAAAUGGAGAUAUCUCUGAGAGAGCCUCCACUGAGCAGCUUCAGGUGUCAACCUCUUUUCUACGGUCAACUCCCACAGUAUCAACUGAAGAUGUUUCUAAACUGCUUUUGGGUGGUAGAGAAGUGUCUUCAGAGAACACAGCAGAUGUAGUUAAAUAUUCAAGUGACUUGAACCCAUGCAAAAUGGCAGCAAGCAGAGAAUCACCAUGUUUUACACCAAGUGGACAGAUUAUCUCUUUGAGAGAAGAGUCAGCAGAGAGAGUCAAAUCUUCAGUAUUGUCCCCCAAAUCAUCAUGGACAUCUGAGAGAUCAAAUGAACUACCAAUUGAUGGUACUCUUGAGUUGACAUCGAUAUCCACACGCCCAAACUCAGAAGGUACUGAGCCCCCCUCCAUGUCAAAAGUUGCUGAGGAGUCAGAAGUUAACUCUCAUGUGAUCAUUCAGAAGACACAUUCUAUAGAGGAACUUCCAAACUCUAGUAUUACAUCAGGAGUGUUGGAGAGUGAACCACCAGCAGCCCCCAAAAGCUCAAAGGAUGGAGGAAGCAUUUCAUCCAGUAAUGCUUUGGAUGUUCAAAAAUCAGGAAGUGACACAACUAACACUGCAGCAUCACCAGAGCUGGCUAAGGAAAUGAUUGCUUUUAUGAGGACACCCAGUCAGGACGAAAUCAGUGCUGAAAUCGGUGCUUCCACAGAGCACCUUCAGGUGCCAACCACUGGCCUGAUGUUAAUUCCCACUGUGUCAACAGAAGAUAUUUCUGAGCCACCUUUGAGUGUUGAGAAAGAGAGUUCCGACAAAACACCAGAUGAAAUUAAAUGUUCAAUUGAGAAUAACUUUGAGAAGGAGGAGCCAUGUAAAAUUGCAACAAUCAGAGCACCACUACCCCCUACACCAAGUGGCCAGCGCAUUGCUGAGAUAGUGAAAUCAGUUGAGCCACUACUGUCUCCAGCAUUGUCCCCCAAAUCAUCAAGGAUAUCUGAUGAAUCAAAGGAUAAUAAACUUAACAGGAAAUCAGUAUCCUCUCAGCUUAGCUCAGAAUCUAUUCAGUUUCCAUCCAUUUUGAAAGGUGCCGAAGAAUCUGAAAGUAUUGAUCAUGUGGUGAUCAUUCAGAAGCCAGCCUGUAGAGAGGAACUUCCUGAAUCUGCUAUGACAUCAGGAGUAUUGGAAAGGCUACCAUCCAAAGGCUCACUGGAUGAUAUAAACUGCUCAGCCAUUGAUGCUUUGGAUGUUCAGAAGUUAAGACAUUAUACUGAUGUUGUAGUACCACCUGAGUCUGGAGAGUUGAGAAUUGCAUUCAUAAAGACACCCAGUCAAGAUGAAAUCAGUGCUGAAGUUUCAGUUGUUAGAAUCAGAUCUCCAAGAUUAUCUCCUUGUCAUUCAAGUGGAGAUGUCUCUGAGAGAGCUUCUACCGAGCAGCUUCAGGUGUCAACCCCGACUGUGUCAGCAGAAGACAUUUCUGAGCCACCUUUGAGUGUUGAGGAAGAGACUUUAGACAAAUCAUCAGAUGUCAUUAAAUGCUUAAGCCAAAUUAACAUGGAGAGAAAACUAUCUGAAUUGACAAGAAAGCAAGCAUCUUCAACUACUAUUUCAAGUGAAAACUUAAAUGCAACUACAUCUGACGGAGUUUCUGCAAGUAGUUUGAGCUCAUUAGGUCAUGAAGGCCUUUCAGUUUCUGAUAGUUUAGAUGUUCAGAAGUCAGGAAGUGACAUUGCUGUUGUAGCACCACCUGAAUCAGCAGAACAAAUAAUUACCUAUAUAAGGACACCCAGUCAAGAUGAAAUAUGCACUGAAGUCUCCGUUGAGAGAACCGGAUCUCCAAGAUCGUCUCCUCGCCAUUCAAGUGGAGAUGACUCUGAGAGAACUUCCACAGAGCACCUUCAAGUGCCAAGCUCUGGCCUGGCGUCAACUCCCACUGUGUCAGCAGAAGAUGUUUCAGAGGACUUUGUCAAGACACAAGUAAUGUUUUCAGCAAAUGGCAUUGGAUCUCCCGAACUAGCUCCCAUAACAUUCUCAACACAAGGUUCCAGCCCAGUCAGAGAUUCCUCUGCUAUCCUUCUAAAAACAAAAGUUCAUCUGAAAGAAGCUAAACUAUCUUGUAAGGAGAUGCAAGCACAGGGCACAACAAAACUGUUGUCUCAAGAAAAGAUUCUAUCCCCAGGAUUAUCUCCUACUGUCUCUGAAAUUAUAGGUGUUUGGUGUGACAAUUUAUCUGAGGACAAGCUGGACGAAAUGGAUGAAUCAAUGGAAGACUUGUUUCUUACGGGUUCUAGAAAAGCAUGUGUGUCGGCAGAGUCAUUGGAAUUGGAUACUGAGGCUGACAUUGAUGAAGUGGCAACUGUGGAGGAACUGCAUCAGCAACCGCUGUCUUCAAAAACUGACUUUGUUGAAAAUCUAAAAAACACUGUACCUGCUGCAACAACAGUAUCUGCUACAGCUUUUAUAGCACCGUCUAGUAGAAUACCAAGUAAAGACUGUGUAGAAGUGAUGCCAGCACUAUCAAGAGAGAAAAUCACAUCUCCUAGAUUGUCUCCUAGAUCAUCCUAUGCGCAACAGAGGUCAUCCCCUGAUGGACAUCAAGGCAUAUGUCUGUCACCAAAGUCAAGCAGCUUCAGAGGCCAUUCCUCAGAAAGACUGGAAUCUACUCGGUCAUUGCCAAAACCAUCUUCAGUCACAGAGUUACUGUCCUCAGUUGAAAGGGCAGCACAGACUUCCAGAUCACCACUCCCUAUUAUUGAUAAAGCCACACAGAUGUCUAGAACCUCACUCCUUUCAAUCAGUCAAGCCUCUCAAACAUCAAGAACACUGCUACCAGUGGCUAAGCAAGAAUUAAGACCAUCACUCCCGUCUGUUGAUCAAGAGACUCAGAUAUUCUGGACAUUGCCUCAGGGUGUUGAUAAGAGAACUCAGAUAUCAAGAACAUCUGUGACAGCAUCAACAUCAUCUGACCAGGACUCACAAAUGUCCUCAGGAAAUCUGCACAAUCAGGGCACACAGAUGAUUACUCCGCAAGGGGUGCCAGUAACGGAAAAGACUGUUGACACAAGGACAUUGAUUUGCCAAUCCUCAUCAGAUGGUAAUUGGGAUAACGGAAAACAGAUUGCCCAGGAUAUCAGUCCUGGAGGUUUUAAGGAGGCUGAAGAAAAACAGAAGGAUAAAAUAUGGACUCUUUACCACUUAGGACACAAGACUGAUGAAGGCUUGUUGUCUACACAAGUACUGUCUGAACCCCCAUUCAAUGGAGAGGCCUAUAUCCGAAACUUUGGGACAGGGGCUGUCCUUCUCUCAGAGCGGCGUAAAGAGAGACUGAAACCACUUUCGCCCCCUAUAAGGGGGAGGCUAGUUUCAGCCAGUGCUUUUAAGUCUGGGCAGAGGCCAUCCUCUCUCGGCCCCAGUGAGAUGAUCAUCCGGCCCCCUCACCCACCAAGCCGGUCUUCCUCAACUCUGCCUGACUAUGUAUUUGUGGUGGACACUGGGACUGUCAAUCAAGACAAUUUCUUUAAUGCACCAGGAACAAGCCAAGUCCAAACAAAUCCCUUGGCUUGGAUGUCCAGUCAAUAUUGAUAAACAGAUGCCCUUGUUUUCCAUCCCUUUCAAGAAAAAAAGUAUUAAAACUUUACUGAUGACCAAGUUAA